AUGAGUGUGGUGCACGUCUCUUGCCUGGAACAUUUGAUGAACGCCAAGAACGUGGACCACUGCGAGGUUUCCCACCGCCGCUUUGAAACCGUGGCCCAAACCACCGGUAUCCGUCAGUUCUUCUACUGGGCUCUGCAAGCUGGCUCUCUACGGGUCAUGCUAGGAGAGCUGAUCUGCUUCGCUGUCAUGACACCACUGACCGCCCUCAGCUGCUUCUAUUGCAUCCUUAUCGCCUCACAGGAAGCGCUGGAAGGACGCAUCAAUGGGUUGGUCAGCGUGGUCGUUCUAUCUGGCCUUUUGCUUACUGCCUACUUGUACUUGUUUGUUUACAUAGUGCGCUCCCAUUACCGCAAUUUCGUUCUAUGGCAGACACAGAAUUCGAUGUGCAAAACUUGGGUUCGGCGCAGUGCGGUGCUUAACUAUGGACAACUCAGCACGCCGGGUGGGCAGCAGGUGAGCUCACGGAAGAUUGUGGAUGUAGGGGCUGCAAGCGUCACCGAGACCGAGUGCACAAGGCAGCUGAAUGUAUGA